AUGGCCCAGCGGCUCCUCCAGGCCUAUGAUGACAUCGGCGACAGCACUCAGUGUCACCGCAAGACCUGCAUCACCACUGCAUUAGGCGGCCUCAUGGGAGCAAUAGGCUCAGCUUACAGCGUCUACUCAACCAGGCAGAUUCCCACCUGGAAGCAGGGCCCGGGCCGGGCCGGGCCGGGCCACGUGCAUGGCUGCACCGGGGGCCUGACCCUGGGAGCGUGUGCUCACAGCUAUGGGACUGCAGCUGUUGGCUGCAUAUACAUGGACACCGCGGCAACCCUGUUCAAGAUUAGCAAGCUGGAAGGCUGGCAGUUCUUUGCCACUCCCAAGGUGUGA